AUGAAAUUUUACCUUGUUGUGUUGUUAUUAAUUGUGCUCCAUCUUGGAGUAGAUUACUCAACAGCGUUUACAUGUUUUGGCAAACACCCAACCGAUUUACAAGUUUGUGGAGGUAAUGGUAUCUGUAAAGGUCAAAAUUCUUGUGAAUGUCUCGAUCUUUCGUCUGGAAACUAUAUGCACUCGUCCAUCAAUGGAACUAUUCAAAAUGGUGUGGCAAUAUACAAUCCACAGAGCGAUGAAUUUGUUGUUCUUCAAACUGAUGGUAACUUGGUAACCUACCAAUUGAAUGGUGCUGCUGAUUGGGCAUCUAACACGUGGCAGGGAUCUGGUUCUUACAAUAUGAGAUUGAAUAAUAAUACUGGAGCGUUUACUCUUCAUAAUCCAACAAAUGUCUACUCAACCAUUUUGUCAUCAUGUAGUGGUGGUGUUGGGCCUUUCAGAUUUAUCAUGACCACGGAUAAGAAUUUGAUUAUUUAUGAUUCUUAUGGAUUAGUUUGUUGGAGACAGGAUAUUUUCCCUGCUGGUAAAACUGGUCCAGUAAUGUACAAUGGAAACAAUUGUGAUCAACCAAUUUGUUACAAGAAGAAUGCCACUGAUGCUUGUAGCUAUCAUGGUAAAUGUGUUUCGUAUAAUAAUUGUGUUUGUAAUGAUGGAUGGUAUGGAAAUGAAUGUGAAAGUUUUGUUAAUUGUUUUGGCAAGUUGAAGAAUGAUUCAAUGGUUUGUUCAGGCAAUGGUAAUUGUUCUUCUCCAAACAAUUGCACAUGCUCGCAAGGUUUUCUUGGCUAUGAUUGUAGUAUUCAUACUUGUUCUGGACUUUCGUAUAAUAAUUCUCAAGUAUGCUUAGCAAGAGGAAACUGUUCUUCCUUAAACAAUUGCACAUGUUCCGAGGGAUAUUAUGGAAAUAAUUGUCAAUAUUACAAGUGCUUUGGUAUUAAUAGUAAUGGUACCAAUGUCUGUUCUGGAAAUGGAAAUUGUUCUGGCCCAGAUUCGUGUAAUUGUAAGACAGGGUUCUACGGCAAAGCUUGUCAAGACUAUUUCUGUAAUGGAGUUCUCUUUAAUUCGACAAGUGUUUGCUCAGGCAAUGGGCAAUGUAAUCUACCUGAUAACUGUACUUGUAACAGCGGUUUCUAUGGCAACAACUGUUCUAUCAACACUAAUCCUAUUCUAAUCUCAUUACCCUCAAAUAGUUUUCAAGUGGAGAAGGGCGAUAAUCUGAUUUUACAGCUUGAUGCCUUUGAUAUGAAUAAUCAAUCCUUAAUCACCUCUGAAUUCCAAACUUUUACUGUGAAUUGGGUUUGCAUUGAUUGUCCUAGCUCUUCAAGUCAACCAUUAUUCAACUUGACAUAUUUCAAAGAUUUGAUGAAGGUGAGAACAGCUUAUUUGUUUUCGGUUCAAGGUUUCAAAACUCACUCUCAAUAUCCAGCAAGAGUUUCUAAUACUCUAUAUUUCACAGUCACUAUCCAAGAACCAGGUAUUACCAAAUAUGGGUUCCCUUCUUAUUUCAUCAAGAACAAGGACCAUAGUUUGAAUAGUCUUGUUUUGGGAGCUGAGAAUAUUUUCAAUAGUUCCAAGGUGAUAGAUUGCCAAACAAAUUGUUCAUUCACAGUUAGUUACAGCUUGAAGUUGAGUGGAAAUUCUACAUUAUUAGAAAGUAGUGGGAUCACCACUGUUGAGUUUGAUGGAAACAAUACCAUCAAAUUUAACCCAAUAAUAUCAUUUUCUGGAUCAUUUUCUACUUAUGAUGAUUCUUUAACUUUCAAGUUUGUACUUACUAGCUCAAGUUUUAGGGGAAAUAAUAAUUCAUUUAGCUUAGAGGAGACAAUUCCAAUUUAUUCAGGUCCUUUACCAAGUGGAAAUACUUUCUCAAUUAUUGGCACAAAUUCAUCUUUAGUUUACUCGCUCAAAACUCUUGUUAGAUUUAGUGUUUAUCCUUGGAUAGCAGCCAAUUCGAAGAUGUAUCCAUUCAAUUAUGCACUUGGUUUCCAAUACAAAGAAAAGACCAACGUUAGAGUCACUCAAUAUUAUGAUAAUGUUGGGCUUAUUGAUUCUAUUUAUCUUCCUUACUUUACUACUAACAUUACAAUGCUUGUGUUCAUGAAGGACUCCCAAGGUUUCGAAUACCAUCAAGUUGUAAAUGGAGAUAUUUCAAUGUAUCCCUAUCCUGAUUCCAAGCUCUAUUUAUUGGAAAGAUUAAAAUCAGAUUCCAUCCUUGCUAUGAUUGCUCCUUACGAUUCUGUAUUUACUGAAACAGUUUCAGAUAGUUCUCUUGCAAUAGAAAUUGUCAAGUCUUUGGAAAUUCCACUUCAAAAUCCAUCUUCUACAAUUGACACACUUAAAAAGAUUGCUCAAUCAAAUUUGGAGGCAAGUUUAGAAGUUGCGCUCAAAUUUGAGUCAUUCUGUGCCAAUUUAACAGAUUCGUAUAAGAAUCAGUACAAUUCAUUUGGUUUUGUCAAGGAAAAAGUUGUUUCCUCAACUGAUUUAUCAAACAUUCUUACGACAGCUACUAAUCUAUUCAACACUGGAAACUACAAUGUGUCCACUAUUUAUAAUCAUGUUUCAAUAAUGGCAAUUAUUGGUGAGCCACCAGUUAUCCUUUCUGAUUCGAAUAAGAAUUCCAUUUCUAACAGGCUAUUCCGUUCUAAUAAUGUGGAAAUUGUUACAUCAAACUUUAUCAAAAGUGAAAAAACUCUUUCUGGAAGUUUUGAUUUACAAGAUGUUAAGGUUGAUGUUGAUAACGUGUUGAAUACUUAUAAUGGUUAUUCGAAACAAUUAGGCAUGUCUUUAAUCAAAUAUUCCAAAAAUAUCAGACCAGACAAUUAUUCAAUGGCAAAUUCCCUUUCAUCAUUUGCAGAAUUUUCAAUUUUCAAAGAAGGAUCUCAAUUAGAAAUCAAAGACUUGACUAAACCAUUCACCCUCUCAUUGUCAAUUACAGCUACUUUGAAUACAAGUUUAAACUAUUCCAUUUCAUGUAAAUAUUGGAAUGAAACAACAGAAUCAUGGGAAUCCAAUGGAUGUGAACUUGUUUCAGAAAGCUCAACUAUUGUACAAUGUCAAUGCAACCACACCACCUUAUUCUCUGCAUUUGUUGAAUAUAACACAACAAGAUCAAGCUCAGCACAGGCAAAAGAGUUGGAAAGUGUCUAUGUCACUCAAAUCGUAUAUGGAAGUAUUUUCUUCAUCAUUUCCUGUGUUUUAUUGACCUUGUUGAUUGUUUUCAGAAAUUAUCAACCAGUGAAGAGUCGAUUCGUCACUCCAUUUAUUGGAAUUACUGCACUUUUAAUUCAAACUGCAUUGUUAUUGAUUGUUCAGAAGAGUGUUUUGCUUUCAGGACAAGUUGAAGUAAAUAGCUCACAAUCGAGUACAGUUUCAUGGGAAUAUGGUGAUUUAGCAGUCAAUAUCUUGUCAAAUAUCAUUACAAUUAUUGUAAAUUCAAUCACGAUAAUGGCUUUUAUUUCAUAUUUGUAUCAAAUUUCAAGAUUUGAGUUAUUGAAAUAUUUCUAUCACAAAUUGGCCGUCUUCUCCAAGUCAAAUAGUAAGGAAGGUGAGAAAUUGCUCUUGAUUGUGAAACAUUUCCUCUCCACAAAAUCAAUGUUAUUGAUUUUAGGUUCCAGUUUCAUUGUAAACAUAAUGUAUUGGACUUUGUGGUGUAUUUUAGUGAGAACGAAAGUAAUUACUGGCACAGAGUAUACCUAUAUAGUAUCCAUUUCAUUUACUUGUAUCAUUCUAUCAAUUUGUUUGGUAAUUAUUGGGUUAAUUAUUAUGGAUUAUACAAUAUCGUUUCUUCUCAAAAAGGAAGAAAUUAUUGCAAAUAUUACAAAUAUGGAUAAGAAGAAAAAGACAAAUUUUAUCAAAUUACCAGCAAAUCACAUCACAAAUUGGUAUUCAAGAGUUGAUUCACCACUUUACUUUAGAGUUGAAAUGAUUUUAUUUGUUUUUUGUUUUAUUUUCCUUGCUUGUAAUCAAAUUAUUGGAUUAUCAGGAAUUUCAUCACCAAAGAGAGUUAUUGCUAAUGAUUCUAUUUCAAUGGCGUUUGAAAUUUUAUAUUUAGCAAGUUAUUGUUUUGUGUUUGGAGGUUAUUCCUUAUUAGUGUUGCUUAUUUCCAAAAUAAGAAAAUCAAAAGAUUCCAAUGAAGAAUUUUCUGAAUUGGUUUCAUUUAUGGACAAUAAGGAGGGCUAUUCAUUGAUGGAAUGGUUUUGUAAGAAGGAAUUUUCAUUAGAAAAUAUUCACCUCUUCUCUUUUCUGAAACAAAAUGAAAAUGUUUUACAAAAUGGAAGAAUCAAAGAGCUAAAUUCAUUCUUUUCCAAAUUAUUUGAUAACUAUAUCAAAGUUGGAAGUGUGAAUGAAGUGAACAUUCCAUCACAUUUAAGAAACAACUUGGUUUCAAUAGUCAAAGAAUUCGAUUCGAAAGAUGUUGAACUUUCCAAUGAAAAAAGCAAAUCACCACUCAAUACAAGAAUCAAUGAAUGUAUCGACACUCUAAAGAAUGAAGUAGUUAUGAAUUUACAAGAUACCUAUUCAAGAUUAGUUCUCACCUCAGAAUAUUCAUCCUUUGACUCUAUUCUCAAAUCAAAGAAUGAUCUUUUGAAACAAUCCAAUCUCAACCAUUAA